UCUUCCUUUCCGCAUCAAUCGCAGGUUACUCGGUUACUCCUCUCCCAUGGAGAUCUUCCGCACACAGCACAACUUCCUCUGGCCAGCACUUCUCCAGGAGGUAUAUGUCAGCAUCUCCACAGAGGAAUUUACCGGUGGCAGCACCAUCUCACCGUAGGACGGGGCAAGUCACCUCACCAGAAGAGUGCAGUGGCAAUCUCGACGGCGGUAGUGGCGGCGUUCUCACUUGGUUGUGGUGGCGGGCUCGACAGCAUCGGCCGUGCACGGAAGGUGCUGAAGGCAUAUGCCGCUUGGAGUUUACGCUAAAGGCAUCUACCGUUUUGAGUUGGAGCGAUAGACAUCGAUCGACGAAGAGGGCAGCUGGGGGAAGUGUUGUAUUUUUUUUAUUUGAGCUGUAAUUUCAUUAAGGGCAAUUUUGUCUAAUCAGUUCAUUUUUGGUCCUAUAAAAUAUGAGAAUCCUAUAAGUGC